AUGUCACGAAUGUACACUUUGUUCCUGCUGUGCACUGUGAGCGCAGUUUGUCUCUCACUUCCUUUCCGACUGGUAGGACAAUUGCCGGCGUCAGUCAUCGCACGAAUAUCGCAACCAUUCGAUGAGGAGGUCAGUCAUCAGAGACAGCUUUUGGACGAUGUGAUAGUAAUAAUGCCACAAAUCCGAACACGACGAUCUCAGCCAAUCAUUGACUACACUGACGAGUUCUCCGCGGAUCCAUUCGAGGUGCCAGAGAAUGCCGUUAAGCAAAGGCCGAAGACCAUUGUGAUUAUGAGAAUCAUGUAA